GAGAUAUUAAUGUAAGGAGUCCUGUUAAGAGAAAAAGCGCACAUGAGUAGAUCUUUCAAUCUUUACGAGACCACCACUUUCCUUCGUAACACUAACAUACCUAUUCCGGCAGACACCCCAUUGUUUCCGGCUGGUGGCUACCCUUUUGAUCACUCUCUCCCGCCGUACUACUCGCAUACACUCCCUCAAAUAAUUUGACGGAAUUGAGGCUUUCAGCGGCAGAUGGACCUCCGGCCGAGGCAGAGGCAAACCUUUACUGGGUUCACGAUAACCGAGGUUCAAAGAAUGGAGCAUUUACUUAAUGAAUUUAAAGAAAAAUCUCUGGAGGAUGAGUUCUGCAAGAAAUUGGCAAGAGUUUUCAAUCGCUCCAGUGGUCGAGCCGGAAAACCUGUUGUAAAGUGGACUGAGAUUCAAAGUUGGUUUGAGAAGAAUCAACAAGAAGGCCUCUUUAAAGAGACUUCAGUUGAUGCAGCCAAGAAGUCACCUGUUGCCCCUGAAGCUCCAACUCAGAGUAAAGCAACUGGAAAUCCACGAAUGCCUGAGGGCGAGAAGGGUGAAGAUCUAUCCAGGUUGGAAUUUGAAGCGAGAUCAUCGAAGGAUGGUGCAUGGUAUGAUGUUGAUACAUUUCUUUCCCAUAGAUUUCUCAGUACUGGUGAAAUUGAAGUUCGUGUAAGAUAUGUGGGGUUUGGAGCAGAGGAGGAUGAAUGGGUGAACAUAAGGGAUUCUGUGAGGGAACGAUCUGUUGCUUUGGAGCAUUCAGAAUGUCGGAAAGUGAAGGUUGGAGAUCUAGUAGUUUGCUUCCAGGAGAGACAAGAUCAAGCAAGAUACUAUGAUGCUCAUGUUAUAGAGAUCCAAAGGAGAUGGCAUGACAUAAGAGGUUGCAGAUGUCUUUUCUUGAUUAGAUAUGACCAUGAUAACACAGAGGAGAAAGUGCGUUUGAGGAGACUAUGCUGCCGGCCUAACAUAAUAGCAAAGUUUGGGGAAAAUUAACUGAUGUAAGAUGUUCUCCUGAUCCAGCGGUUAGAGCCUUGGACUGCUGCUUAAACGGGUUCAAUAUAAUUCCCUUCUUAUUUUCUUUAUAGCCGUUUGAUGAUGUGAUGGUAGAUAGAAAGCUAUACUUUGUAGUGAGAACUGCCACAUGUGUAGAAUUUGCAUCUGAUAGCAUCCUAUGCUUAUAGUCUUCACGUUAAUUAGUAUUUGCUAUACAUCCUAUGAUUGUAUUACUAUUACAUAUAGUGACCAUCAGAAGUUGCAUUGCAUGGAAUUAACCAACUAGCGGGCUGCAGUUUACUGAAA